CUCAGGUCGUGUUAGUCAAGCUUCCCGAACGCCGAACAUUGCCGAAGUUAGGCGUGAGUCGUGCGUCAGGCAGCGGGGUGGCAGCGCGCGCCCCUCCCACCUCCCGCGGCAGCCUCCCAGCUCUGCGACGCGGUUGGAUGUUGGCCGAGAAGUGACCAACCCGCGGCAUCACUGGUGGCGGGAAUCUCGGGCUCGGGAUCUCAGUAUAUGCGGUGGUUGCGGAGAGAGUCGUGGUGUGUGUGACUUCUCCCGAGUCUUGCCUGUGACUGCGUGCGGUGGUGACUGACUGAACCCGCUAUAGAGACCAGUGCGGCGCCUUCUCCUGGACCUGACGAAGGGGUGCGAACCUCUCCCAGCGUAGUGAUCCUAUUUGGCACGGGUUCUGGCACUGACUCAGGCCUGGAAGUGCCGUGAGGAGCGGACUAGUGAUAGAAUAGUGACUGACGAAGACGCUGCAGAAGGGGCCUUGCUAUGAUGCACCGGGUAUCGAACUAGCGUGCAAGCUAACCACCCGACGAGACUUCAACCAUGGCGCCUUCGGGAGUGAGGGUGUUCGGGCUCCUGCUGGUGGCGCUGGGGCUCGUCUGCGGCUCCGGUGGUGUUGUGCUUGUGAGAAACGGCUACGAGGGUGUGGUGGUGGCCCUAGAGGAGACGCUGCCGCCCUCCGCCUGUAAGGAUGUGGUCACGGGGCUUGAGGAGGUGAUUCGCGCAGCCUCCAGUGUGAUCUUCGGCGCUUCACGAGGACGGGCGCACUUCAGACAGGUUCGGGUGCUGGUUCCUCCCACCUGGACCCCCGCCGCCUGUCCCUCCCUCACCGCCUUGCAGAACGCCACCCGGGAGACCUGGGACUCCGCGGACCUUCGUGUGACCCAGAAUAGGCACCCCCGCCACGGCCCCCGCCCCUGGACGCUCCACACCCAGGGCUGCGGCCACACGGGGGACUAUGUGUCUCUGGGGCAUGAGCUGCUGCUUCAGAACACAUCCUUCGCCGGGGACAACGGGCGACUGUUGGCCCAGGCGUGGCUGCAGUACCGCUACGGCGUGUUCGAGGAGGAGGGCGUGGCGGGCAGCCCCGUCCACCCGCCGCACCACCGCGCCCCCGACGGCUCCUGGAGGCCCACCACCUGCGCCAACCUUCCACUCGUCCCCAGCGCCAACUGUGACCCCGCCAACCUCUCCUGCCCCUUCAGCCUCACGCCGGAGGACGACCCCGGCCUCACGUCAUCCUUCAUGGCCUUCCCGGAGCUGCCCUCGGUUCGCGAUCUCUGUGACGAGGGGAGCCACGACCGCUGGGCCCCGACGCGUCACAACCUCAUCUGCGGCGGCAAGUCGGUGUGGGAGGUGAUGCGCGCCAGCCCCGACUUCCAGAACAACAGGAACGUGGAGGGCGGCCUGAGGGAGGGCCACGUCACCUUCACCUACGUGCGAGCGCGGCCGCCCAGGAUCGUGCUGCUGGUCGAGGACACCAAUGUGAUGAACGUGCAGAAGCGCUGGGACUUCAUGCGCAAGGCCGUGCGUAAGCUGGUGACGUACGACAUCCCCGACGGGUACAGCGUGGGCCUGGUGGUGUUCGACUCGGUGGCGGCCACCAAGCACCCGCUGACCACGCUGUCCGAAGCCAACAGGGAGAAGGUGGGCUCCUCGCUGCCCCGCAACCCGUCCCAGGAGGACGAGCACCGGCGCUGCGUGCUGUGCGGCCUGCAGGAGGCGCUGCGGCGGCUGGCCCAGGACGGGCCGGGCGGCCAUGUGGUGCUGGUGGCGGGCGGCAGCGGCGUCCUGGACGAAAGCGAGGCCAGGGCAGCAGAGAAUAUCCUAGGGGCGGCGCAGGCGACGCUGCACACCAUCGUGUACCCGCUCACCGAGAAGUACCCGCGGCCCAACGGCGGCCUGGCCACGCUGGCCACCCGCACCGGAGGCCAGGCCUACAUCGUGCCCGACGAGGGCAUCGGCGAGGACUCCAAGCUGAGCAUGUACUACAACCUGCUGGACGCCCUGUACCACGCCCUGGGCGGCGUGGCGGGGCGCGCCGCACUGCCCGUCAAGGUGCACGCCACGGAGCACCCCGGCGGCCGCAUGCCGGUGUCCGAGGGAACCUUUCUGGUGGACGCCGCGCUCGGCGCCGACACGGUGUUCACCAUCUUCUACUACGACGUGACGCACGUGGGCAACCAGAUCCACCUGGUGAGCCCCCAGGGGCAGGUGAUCGACACGGCCAACAUGCAGACCGAGGAUGCCAACAUGAACAUGAUCACCGUGCGGCUGGUGGAGGCGCAGGUCGUGCCGGGCCUCUGGCGCUACAAGGUGGCCAACCGUGCGGACUCCCACCAGGCGCUGUACGUGCAGGUCACCUCGCGGCCCCGGCCCCGCCCCAACGUGCCCCGCAUCACCGUGCGGGGCUGGACCAGCCACGCCGCCGGCAUCGUCAAUGCUAGCGAUAUCUCCAGUCCCCUCGCGCUGUACGCGGAGGUGGCGGCGGGCGUGGCGGGCGUGCAGGAGGCCUCCGUCACCGCCACCAUCACGCGUCUCGGCUACACCACCAACGGCACGCAGCACCCGCCGCGCCGCGUCCAGCUGCUCGACAACGGCCUCACAGGUCCAGACAUGCGUCGUGGUGAUGGCGUGUACUCCCGCCUGGUGCCGGGCCUCACCGCGGGCACCUACAGCGUCCUGGUGGAGGUGAAUGGCGAGGUCGAGGACAGCAAGUUCGCGCGUCACGUGCGGGUGGGCCUGGUGGACGUGGUGGGCGCCGCCCCGAGCCGGGACGCCCUGCCGCCCGCCCGCGUGGUGGACCUGCGCGCCGCGCCGCUGCCCAACACCGACAACCAGGUCGGCUUCUUCUGGACGGUGCCCGGCGGCGACCUGGACUACGGCGUGGCGGCGCGCUACGUGGUGAAGGCCGCCCAUGACCAGCGGGAGCUGCUGGAGGGCGGCGGCACGGUGCUGGAGGACUGGCCGGCGCCGCUGGCCUCCCCCAACGUGCAGCAGCAGCACACCGUGGCGUGGCACGAGUACGACCGCGUGAGUUACCUGUCCCUGUACGCCGUGGACGAGGUGGGCAACACCGCCGCCCUCGGCAACAUCGUGACCGUGUACGUGCCGGCCCCGCCCACCACCACGGCCGCCCCCGCCCCCUCUGCUGCCCCCGCCGCGCCCGCCAACACGUCCGCCGUGAUGGACGGCACGGGGGCGCCCGUCCUCUCCUCCCUGGACACGCGGCAGCUGGCUGUGGUCUUCGGCUGCGUGGGCGGCUUCAUCGUGGUGGUGGCGCUCGUCGUGUGCUACUGCACGGCCGCCCACCGUCGCCACCGCAAGGCCGCCGCCGCCAAGAAGGUGCACGACCCGCAGGACGCCUACAGCGUCACCGUCACGGUGGCCUCCAAGGGCACGGACUUCCCCGACAGCAAGGAGGCCCUGAAGGACGGCCUCAAGAAGGAGUACAUCAGCCCCGUGGAGUCUUGGUCGGCCUCGCAGCUGCUGGGCGGCCACGCCGGGGCGAAGCGCAGCAGCGUCUCAGCGCGCUCCGACAACACCUCCGACCACAGCGCCUCCACCAAGAAGAGCUACGGCGGCUCCUCUGGCCCCGCCGAGUACUACGGCGACGCCGGCCAGUACCAGUACCGCCACGCCGCCUACCCCGACCACUACCCCGCCCCCAGCGAUGGCUACCCCACCCCCACUGAGGGCUACCCCACCCCCACCGAGGGCUUCCCACCCCCAGCCGAGGGCUACCCCGCCGAGGCCUACACGGUGCCCAUGGAGGCCCGCUCCUACAUCAGCUCACAGCCCUCGGACUCCUUCCUGUCAGUGUCCUGCGACCUGCUGCCAUCCUCCAACGGCCCCCCGGCCUACGCUGCCUACCCCGCCUACGACGCCUCCCUCAGGUCCACCAAGGUGCCGCCGCCCAUCCCGCCCAAGCCCAAGGUGCUGUACACGCCUGAGCCCUACGGCUACGACAACGCCUCCCUCGACCCGCACUCCUCCACGCCCUCGGUCGCCUCCGAGAAGCGCGUGCGCAACGUGACCAUGGUGUAGGCGGGGCGGGGCGGGGAGCAUGGGCAUUAUUACAAGCACUAAGGAGGCCAAGUUGGGGCAAUACACCGCUGAGGGCCAACACCCAACAGCUCCGGCGUGAAGGAGAGACUGUGGCUGCCCAGCGGGCGGCGGGACAGUGUGUGUGUGUGUGUGUGCGAUGGACACGACGUGCCACAGACGCUGGUGACACUCCCGCCGCCUGGGAGAUGCGCCAACUUGUGAUAUUAGCGUACGUGUGUGUGCCUGAGGGAGGGUGUGGCUGCGUCAGGAGCCACACAACACAAAGUGCCAAAUGGGGGCUGGCGGGGAGGGGCAAAGGACACAUUCCCAUGCCUUGCCGCUGCCCUUGUCGCCCCCAGACCAAGUACAGUAUUUUUAAUAUAUACACAAUAAUUAUAGACAGUGCUUGGCCAGGGCCAGGUGAGGUGGACAGGCUGCUGGAUGUAUAUCAACAAAUAUUUCUCUUCCCUGUCUUCUGGUUGAAGAUGGUAAAGAGGAACAAAUUUAACAAGACACAAGUGUGUCAUUUCUGCCGCCACUGACAGCCUGCAUGACUGGCUCACGUGUAAGCCUUGGCCGGGCGGGGGGUGAGUGGUGGUGCUGCCGGCCAGUGGCCAGGCGGCGACGGUAUUACGUUGAAGUGAUGCGUCAGCCGCCAAGGCCGUGUCCUGGACAGCUAGCCAGGACACAGCCAGCCAGCCGGCCAGUGUUGUGCAAUCCUGUACAUAGUGUACAAAACACCGACAAGACAGUAUGUGAGACUUUUGUUAAUAAAAUUGACAAGUAAUAAA